ACAAAGGGGAAGUUAGAGCUUAGUUGUCAAACAAGCAAGUCCUAAAUUGUUCAACAUAACUUUAAUGGCUAUAUCGAUUAGGUUAUAAAUGUUUCAACAUAGAAAAGUGGUAGGAAAGAUGGAGAGACUAGUCACUCAUGCAUUCAACACAAAUACAUUUUGAAAAUUGAUAUUACAUUUGCAUUGUUUCAUGGAUGAACAUUUGGCUGAUUAUCAAGAAAUGGAUGUUUGGUCAUUGAAGAUUUAUAUAAAAGGAAACUAUUUUGAAUUUCUGCGACAAAGAGCUCUAAGCUCUUAAAAUAAGCACAUCUAGCGUGUAGUGUUUAUUUUUUCGGAUAAAAGUGACUUGAACCCCAACUCAAACACGAAAGUUUUGGUAACUUCUGGCUACAGAUAACAAGGCGAUCUGCCUAAACCAAGAUGCCCUUAACGGCUCUUCUGAUUGGGCUCACUUCAUGGUUAUUGGCUUUCGCCCCUCUCGCAACUGCCGACAGCUACUUUUGUGAUCAAGAAUGGGAGCAGACGAUCUACGAGCAACACCCUUGCUGUGAGUUUUUUGAUUGGAUGAUCGGCAAAUACAAUUACUCUCUAACUCUUGACUGGCCCAAGAACUCAACACAAAAAGUGAGUUUGACGGAUUGCAAACCAGUGUGUAACUAUUACAGAAAGGUGCACAGUACCAAUAAGACCUGUUGUCCUGGAUUCCAGGGUAUCUAUUGUGAUCAACCUGUGUGCGAUCCAGCAUGUAUUAAUGGAGGCCAGUGCAAGGCUCUUGGGGGAUCACUGGUCCAGAAUCCAGAGCCUGAAUGUGUAUGUCCACCUGGAUAUGGCGGACAAGCUUGUCAGGAAGACAUUAAUGCCUUGACAACAGAGCUGAUGUAUUGUUACCAAGAUGACGUCUGUAAUGGACAGCUCGUUAGUAGUCAAGUUAUGAACAUCUCCAACUGUUGCACCGAAGGCUUCGCGGGCUCCUGGGGCAGUCAGAUGUCCACAUAUGGAUGCACUCCUUGCAAAAUAGAACACCCUGUGAAGAUCAAUAACACCUUGGGGUAUUCAACAUGUAUGGCCACUGGGGACAGCACCUUCCGAACAUUUGAUGGUGUCCUCUGGCACUACAGAACACCGUGCGCUAUCGAUAUGGUUUUGACACCCCAACUAAAAUUAUCUGCGGUAACUGUCUGUGAUCCAUUUAACAAGUGUGCUUGUUCAAAGGCAGUCACCAUCAAUAUCACUGCUACACCACCGCGUAUUUACACAUUGAGAGAUCAAGAAAUGACCAUCGAAGACGGGACAACAGUGAAAUUAAAUGCCUCUGAACUGGUGGAUAAUACUAUUACACCAGCAGAUAGCCAUGGCCUAAUAAACUGGAAGAUUGACAAGAUUCGCAACGUUAUGCACGUGACCAUUACACAGUACGGAUUAGAGAUGAAACUGGAAAGUGAUGGGACUUGCAUGGUCACUUUAAGGAAAGACUCAAUACUCAAUGGGAACCUAGACGGCAUUUGUGGCGAUAACGAUGGCUAUAUCAAUGAUGAAUUAACUUUACAGAAUCCAAUAGUAGCAGAGAGAACUAUAACAAAGUACAAAAAUGAUAUCAUUCCAUGUGGGCAAGGACUUGAAAAAUGUAAAACUCCCGAGAAUGAAGUAGCAGCUCAGAUGUCUUGCAAGGCAAUCAAUACACUAUUCUACCCAUGUCAUUCUAAGGUCCCAUCUCAAGAUUUCUUGGACUACUGUUAUGACGCCUACUGCACAUCUCUUCAAGCCGCUGGUGAAGUGGAGGCACAAAGAGCUGCGUGUAACGUUAUUUCAACUUAUCACACGACUUGCUUUUUGGAAACCGGUCAAGCUAUCAAUUGGAGGUCCAAGACUCUUUGUCCAAAGACUUGCAAGUCACCUUUUGAAUUUAAUGGUCUGAUAACCAAUAACUGCCCUUUGACCUGCGGUCUUCCUCUGUACGCAUACACCCGAGACAUUUGUCGUACAACCCCUUACAGUGGUUGUAUUUGCCCGACGGGCAUGGCUCGACUGAACGACACCUGUGUGGCACCCAACCAGUGUCAAUGUACUGGAGAUAAUGGACAGUAUUAUAACCACGGAGAAACCGUGAUUUCAGGAGACAAGUGUGAGCAAUGUAAAUGUGGAGAUUUUGGUCUGUGGUCAUGUCAGCCCAGUCUACAGUCUUGCACGUCUGUCUGUACAGUGUUGGCAGGUCAGCAUGUCACCACAUUUGACAGCAGACAUUUUGUUGUUGAUGGUGAUUGCCCUAAACUUAAAAUUGUUCAGAGUAAUGAUCCCACAAUUGAUGUCUCUGUCACACUAGAGCUAUUGGCACCAAGUUUCCUGGCUGAAGAUGGGGAUAGUUUAAUUAGCCCAUCCAAAGUGACAGUGACUUAUCAAGGAAAUACAGCUAGUGUGACUAUGAAAGAAUCUGGUGUCACUGUUGACAAUGGUUUUACACCCAAUGUUUAUGCCAGACAAAUAGGGCAAGAUGUGUAUGCCUUAGAUUUUCAAAAUGGUUUGAUUCACGUGAAGCUCUUCCGCAAUGGCUUAUUCUUCUUGAGGAUGAAGAGUGUUUUUAAAAGCAAAGUGAUUGGCAUCUGUGGUAACAUGGACGAUAAUAAAAAUAAUGACUUGAUUUCACCAAGUAAUUCUCUUAUGGACCCGAAAGAGUUCCUUAGAUUUUACUCUGAAUGUUCUGAUCCUACAUUUAAUGAACUAACACAGACACCAAUGAAUUCCAUUUGUCAACAAAUCAGCGAUGUACCUUUGUCACCAAAUUCAAGAGUAGACAGUGAUAGCUUUAUUACACUAUGCAAUAAUGUGGAUGAGAAAUUGCGUUGCAUGGUGCUAGAAUUAUUUGGGCUAUUGGCUCAUAUUGAUUACACAACCAGCUUUCAGAACACGUCUUGUGGUGCAAUGCUCUGUCAAAGACGAGAAUAUGAUAUUUGUGACAUUAACUGCAGAGAUGGCAACAGUGUCAAAUGUGAGAAGGAGAGGAUGUUCGGCUGCACAUGUGGUGAAGGUCAAUACUACAAACAUGAUGAGACUUGUGCCCCACGAUCUAAAUGUGGCUGUUAUGAUAUGGAGUUCUCAAAUGAUGUAAUUGAGCCAGGAGCUGUAUAUGAGAGAAGAUGUCAUGAAUGUGUUUGUACAGAAACUUCAGAAAUUAAAUGUUCUGAAUUCUGUGAAGAGAUCAUCUGUGCCAAUAGCCAAGUAGCAAGAAGCACAUUAUUAGAGGGUCAGACCAACACCACUUGUCUGAGAAAGAUGUGCCCCAAACCAUAUUUCACAAAUGAAGAGUGUAUAAAUGUAUUGACAAGUAAACAGUUGUGCUACUGUGCUGAGGGUUACAAACAGACUCAGACUGGACAGUGUGUUUUGAAAUGCCCAUGUUAUGAAGGAGGCCAAUGGUAUGCUGAUGGUUAUGAAUACAUAAUGAACUGUCAGAGAAGAGUGUGUCGUGAUGGUAUCUUUGAAUAUGAAACUUCGGACUCACUAGAAUGCACAGGUACCUGUGUUCUGACUGGCUCGUCAAUGAAGGUGAAAUCAUUUGAUGCAACUACGCUUUCCGAUUAUUCAAUAUCUGGAUCAUGCAAUUACUGGGCAGUGAAAAGUGAUUUAACAUGUUCUGUUAUAGUCAAAGCCAUUCAGUGUGGCAGUAAAGAUACUCCCUGUUUGUAUGAGUGCACUAUCAAGUCACCUUUCAUUAGAGACAACAUCAUUUUUAAGUCUGCCGAUCCUGGGGCUGUUAUGGUUGGAGAUAGAGAGUUUACAAAUUUUGUUGGUCCCAAUAUUACAAUAACAAACAUUGGUAUAUACAUGGCCAUAAGCUGUGGUGAUUCAAUGACCAUUUUGUGGAAUGGAGCUCUCACUGUCAGAAUUAUGGCCUCAAGUAAACUCAUGAACAAGGUCUCAGGUCUUUGUGGAAACUUCAAUGGUAAAACUUCAGAUGAUAAAAUUGGAAGUGAUAACCUUGAAAAGGACAGCAUGUCCAAGCUUGCAAAGAGCUGGAUAGUUAACCCAGACCUGUGCACCAUAUCAGACACUGAAUCUGUAGCUGAUUGUCAGUCCAAUCGUUUAACCUGGGCUGAGAAAACUUGCAGUGUAAUUUUGGAAGGAGAAGCUUUUUAUGAAUGUCGCAAAAGAGUCUCUGAAACUAGAAGUUAUUAUGAUAAUUGUGUGAUGCAGGCAUGCAACUGUGACACUGGUGGGGACUGUGAAUGUCUCUGUGAUGCUAUUGCUGCAUUUGCUGCACAUUGCAAUGAAGUUGGGGCACCAGGAAAAUGGAGACACCAACGAUUGUGUCCAAUACAGUGUGAUGGAGGCAGUGUUUAUGAAGCCUGCGGAAACACUUGCACAGAGACCUGUGGUAAAUCCGCCAAUAGUUCUUCAUGUACAUCCCUCACCUGUGUGGAAGGAUGCUUUUGUCCCAGUGGCUACCUACGUUCAUAUGGCAUCAAGAGCCAAGAGAUAACCUGCGUACUUAAAUCUGAGUGCCCAUGUAUUGAUGAUAGAGGCAGAGAGUUAUUCCCAGGACAGAGUGUUACAAUCAACUGCCAGGAGUGCGAGUGCAUGGAUGGCGAAAUUGUUUGCACUGGUAAAGUUUGUGAGAAAUGUGACAUAACAGAGUUUACAUGUAACAACGGCCAAUGUAUUGAUGGAGAAUUUAAAUGCAAUGGAUACUUGGACUGUUUAGAUGGAGAAGAUGAAUUCAACUGCACAGAAUGCAAUGGUUUCUAUUGUGAUAACAAAGAGUGUGCACCCUUGAAUUCAUCUUGUGAUGGAAAGAUUGACUGCUCAGAUGGUAGUGAUGAAGUUUUAUGUGAGUGCAAUAGUUAUGAAGUUAAAUGCACCCAGAGUAAUAUGUGCAUUUUCAAAGACUUUGUGUGUGACAACAAGGUGGACUGUCGUUAUGGUGAAGAUGAGCACAACUGCACAAUUUGUCCUACUAAUUUUACACACUGCAACCAAACAUACUGUAUAGAUAAAAACUUUAUGUGUGAUAAUCAUGAUGAUUGUGGGGAUGGCUCUGAUGAAAUAGGAUGUACAAGUACGUACUUUUACAAGUACAUUAACUAA